AUGAAUGCUACUGAGUUUAAACGACACGGUAAGGAGAUGGUCGACUAUAUCAUACACUACUUACAAACCGUGGAACAUAGGCGAGUUACGCCCGACGUCAAGCCCGGAUAUAUGCGUAAACUACUACCGAGCAAAGCUCCGGAAAAACCCGAACGAUGGGAAUCUAUAUUCAGUGAUAUCGAGAGGGUCAUAAUGCCGGGGAUAACUCAUUGGCAGCACCCAAGAUUCCACGCAUAUUUCCCAGCAGGCAAUGCGUAUCCAUCUAUUUUAGGAGAUAUGUUAUCAGACGCGAUUGGCUGCAUCGGAUUCUCGUGGGCUGCCAGUCCAGCAUGUACGGAGUUGGAGACCAUAGUACUCGACUGGGUAGGAAGGAUGAUCGGUCUACCCAGACAUCUUUUAUCACUUUCAGAUGGUGCCAGGGGUGGCGGUGUUAUUCAGGGUUCAGCAAGUGAGUGUAUAUUAGUAUCAUUACUAGCUGCGAGAACAGAAGCGAUGAGAAAGUUAAAAUGUCUGCAUCCAGAUAUUGACGAGUACGUGUUGCUAUCCAAACUUGUGGCUUACUGCUCAACACAGACACAUUCGUCAGCUGAGAAGGCGGGAAGGAUCGCCUAUGUAAGGAUGCGCUUGCUUCCAACAGACGACAAAGGUUCACUCAGAGGAAAAACUGUUGACGAAGCCAUGAAGCGUGACAAAAAGAAUGGCCUCAUUCCUAUCUAUGUCUGUGGAACUCUGGGCACAACGGCGUCAUGUGCUUUUGACAACCUCAAGGAAAUUGGCUAUGUAUGCAUUAAGAAUAAUACAUGGUUUCAUGUAGAUGCCGCAUAUGCCGGAAGUGCUUUCAUUUGUCCGGAAUUCCGCUAUUUACUCGAAGGAAUAGAGUACGUGACGUCAUUAAAUAUUAAUCCAAAUAAGUGGAUGCUGGUAAACUUUGACUGUUCGCUAAUGUGGAUCAAGGACAGAUCUCUACUCAUUAAUGCAUUUGACGUUGACCCCGUUUAUCUAAGACACGAAAAUGCGGGUGUUGCCAUAGACUACCGGCAUUGGGGCAUUCCUUUGAGUAGACGUUUUCGCUCCUUAAAAAUAUGGUUUGUUGUGCGUUCCUAUGGAGUGGACGGCCUGAGGAAGUACAUUAGAAACCACGUGAAAUUGGCAAAGAAAUUCGAAGCGCUUGUAUUGACGGACAGCCGUUUUGAAGUCAUUGGCGAUGUGGUUAUGGGAUUGGUCUGCUUCCGACUCAAGGGGAGAAACGCGCUCACGGAGAACCUUGUCAAGACGAUCAACGCCUCCGGUAGGAUACACAUAACGCCAGCAUCAUUGGGCGACAUGUACAUCAUCCGAUUUGCUCUCUGCCACGAACAUGCCUGCGAAGCUGACGUCGUCAUAGCUUGGAAAAUAAUCGUCGAGAUCACAGACGAUUUAUUAAACGUCAGUGACGUCACCAGUCAUUGCCAUGGCGGCGCCAGACACGCCACACCCAGCGCGUCUAGAUUUAUCCCGUCACGUGUCAUGUCAGGUGCCCAGCAGGCCGAAUCGUCUUCGUUGGAACUUGAGAAAAAAAUGAAUAUUUUUCCCUGGAAAUUCCAGCUCUCAAGGUUUGCCGGCUUAGGUACGUAG